GUCAAAAACAAGUUCAGUUCUUUAUGUUGUCAUCUGGUUGCGUUCGAUUUUGUAGCAAAAUCUGGUGCAAUAAAUGAAUUCAGUUCAAGUAUUGUAGGAAUUAGGUUUUACUUUCAAAACCUUUCCUUUUGCACCCGAAGCAGCAUUCACAAAAGAAGAGGAAUAUGGGAAACGCUGAUACUAAAUUGAACUUCCGUAAAGCUAUCGUACAGCUCACUAGCAAAAGUCAGCCGAUCGAUGCAAGUGAUGACGUAUUUUGGGAGCAGUUUUGGUGCGAACACAGUACUUCUGUUCAGGAUGUUUUUGCGUUGAUACCAUCUAACGAAAUACGGAAAGUGCGAGAUGUGAUGCCCGCAAACCUAGCUACAUUAUGCUACAAAGCAACAGAAAGACUGGUGCGAGCGGUCGACAAUAGCUGCCGGACCCAAGGGGAACAGCAGACCGUACUUAAUUGUGUGCGUUUGCUGAAUCGGAUUUUACCAUACAUAUUCGAGGAUGCCCAGUGGAAGGAUUUCUUUUGGUCCUCACUUCCGUCUGGCAAUGACAAAGACGACAACGCCACCCCUCUGGCACAAAGUUUACUCAAUGCGAUAUGUGAUUUGCUAUUCUGUCCAGAUUUUACCGUCGUUGGUCUUAGAAAAUCAGGUCCUGAGAAGGCAGAGGAGCUGAACUCGAUCGACAGCUGCGAGUAUAUCUGGGAGGCCGGAGUUGGCUUUGCUCAAUCUCCCCCUCGAAAUGGCAACAUGGACUCACGGCGUACCGAAUUACUUAAACUACUGUUAACAUGUUUCAGCGAGACGAUGUACCGCGUUCCAACAAUGAGCGACGAGCCGAACAAAUGGAUUGUUCAAUUUACGAGUGCGGAAAAUCGCCACGCUUUACCAUUGUUCACAUCUCUUCUGAACACCGUCUGCGCCUAUGAUCCAGUCGGCAUUGGUGUCCCGUAUAAUCAUUUGCUUUUCACUGACACCUUGGAGCCGCUGGUGGAAGUUUGUCUACAGAUUCUAAUCGUCACCUUGGAUCAUGACAUUACCGGUAACUCGCCGACGCAAUCUGCUUCGUAUUCACACGAUGAUACAACCAUUGCCGACAAUCUCUUCAUCAAUUAUUUGUCACGCAUCCACAGAGACGACGAUUUUCAGUUCAUACUGAAAGGCGUGACACGUCUUCUGAACAAUCCCUUGGUUCAGAGCUAUUUGCCCAACUCAACUAAAAGGCUUCACUGUCAUCAGGAACUGCUGGUGUUUUUCUGGAAAAUUUGCGAUUAUAAUAAGAAAUUUCUGUACUUUGUACUUAAAAGCAGUGAUGUGCUAGACAUUCUCGUGCCCAUCCUGUAUCAUUUGAACGAUUCUCGAGCCGAUCAAUCUCGCGUUGGUCUGAUGCACAUUGGCGUAUUCAUUCUGCUGUUGUUGUCUGGUGAGCGCAAUUUUGGCGUUCGCCUCAAUAAACCGUACACCGCAACCGUUCCAAUGGACAUUCCCGUGUUUACCGGGACACAUGCCGACCUGCUGAUCACUGUGUUCCACAAGAUCAUUGCAACGGGACACCAGCGUCUGCAGCCCCUGUUCGAUUGCCUACUCACGAUUCUCGUAAAUGUAUCACCAUACUUGAAGACACUUUCGAUGGUCGCGAGCAUCAAAUUGCUUCACCUUUUGGAAGCAUUCAGCACACCAUGGUUCCUUUACUCGGCCCCUUCAAAUCAUCAUCUGGUGUUUUUCCUGUUGGAAAUAUUCAACAACAUAAUUCAGUAUCAAUUUGAUGGGAAUUCCAACUUGGUGUACACAAUCAUUCGCAAAAGACAAGUGUUCCAUGCGUUAGCUAACUUACCAACUGAUUCGGCAGGCAUAGCACGAUGUAUGAACAAUAAGAAAGGUGGGAAACUAAACAAUUCUAGUCAUGCUACAAGGCAUAUCAGCCGAGAUAAAGAACCCACAGAUGUGCUGCCACCGGCUGCUGGUGCUGGUGAUGAAAGCGAGGAAGAUAUAACUAUAAGAACUGAGAACUUAUCAAUUGACAUCAAACAUUCGGACGAAGAAGACAGCCGUAGUGAAAUAGUAGAAGAAUCUAUGGAAGGCUCGAGACCGGCCUUACCCGCUGAACCUGGAACAUUAAAAGCCACCCUUCUGGAUACCCCUAAUAUUGCCCAAAUGACUGAGCGUGAAUCCGCUCAUCCUCUGGGAGAAGUUACAGCUACACCAUCAGUGGAAAAUGUAAAUGCUUCGGUUGGUACGGUUGUCAAGGCAGGUUCCCCCAAAGGAUCACCCAGCAAAGAGCUGCCGUCCCCAAUCAAGAGAUCUGUUGCACAGCGUGGCAGUAUUCGCGUUACACCAGCAUCCGGCCACAACUCGCAGUCCAAGAUAUGGCAGCCCGCACCCGAAUGGGUGCAAUCCUGGCGCUCGAAACUGCCCCUUCAAACUAUUAUGCGACUUCUUCAAGUUCUCGUGCCACAGGUUGAGAAAAUCUGCAUUGACAAGGGAUUGACUGAUGAGUCGGAGAUUUUGAAAUUUCUUCAACAUGGAACACUGGUUGGCUUACUACCGGUUCCACAUCCUAUUCUCAUCCGGAAGUAUCAAGCAAACAGUGGCACUACGGCUUGGUUCCGAACAUACAUGUGGGGCGUUAUCUACUUAAGGAACGUGGAUCCAGCCAUUUGGUAUGAUACUGAGGUCAAACUGUUUGAAAUACAGCGCGUAUAAAAGCGCAUCAAAAUUGAUACCCAAAGGGGUAAAUGUCGAUCGAAGCAUACAAUUGCUACCCUCAACACGGCAUUAUAUAACGAUACAACAUCAGCUCCUGAAAGCCUUUCGUUUGGGGAAUUAAAUCGACCGAAUUAUAGAUCACUACUGGUGCAAUGAAAGGCGUUGAUUGAUGGGGUGUUAGAACCGAAAACGAACCAAAAAAUCUAUAGAAUCAAACAGCGAACCACGCAAAUCAAUCAAAAGUACGUUACCUCUCGUCGCAGCUGCAGUGCAUCAGCGUGUUUACCCGCCAGUUGAACACACCGUACUUCGUCUCGAAGCCUAGGAUCCAAAAGGGACAGGACAGAUCGUGCUGUCGGCAGCAGCGAUCCGCCUUCGACAGUCCGCCCAUUUCGACGUAGUUGCGCGCGCUCCAUCCUUUACCGCACCACUUGGUGCCCGGCACUCGAAGCAUACCGGACAGGUCCCGGCGCUCUCUGGACCGAUCGAAUGAUAGUAGGAAGCAGAACGGAAAGGUGUUGUUUUGAUGGUUUUUUAUGUUCGUUUUGUGUUAAAUGUAGGGAUUUAAGGAUUUACAACACACUACUGAGAAGGACAACGACAACGGGUAAAUGGACAAUUCUUCUUCUCCCAGACGGACGAGCAAAGAACAAGAACAUGAAAUUUUGUACGCAU